UAUCUGCCUUGAGUGGCCAUCAAGCUCUCCUGGCCGACUAUGAACUCAACCACUAUCCAUGAAGGACCACAGUGCCAUCUGCCAUUGGGGAAGUCCGACAGUUUGUACAGAUGGAUCUGGUCCUUGACCUCUGAGAAAAUAACUCAUACAGUCUGACCUUGAUUUGUCAGUGACAGACUCUAACUUUCAUGUCUGACCAGUACUUUGAUUUAGCGAGGAGAUGGCCAAGCUAUACAGGCUAUAUGUGGGAAUAGUAACAGCUCUGGCCUUAUGCAAAUACUCCCUGGCAGAAUGGAAUGCCACCGAGGAGUCUGCCAAUCGAACUGUGUCCUGUCAUCACUAUGGCAACAGAAACAAUUGCACAGCUAUAGCAGACUCUAAAGACACAGGACAGUGGAGUGGCCACUUCUCAAAAUGUCCCAAAGAGCUGAAGCACUACUGCAUCCACGGGUCUUGCCGUUACAUUAAGGAACAGAAGCUACCCUCUUGCAGGUGUGAGCAAGGUUUCAUCGGUUCCAGAUGUGAAUAUGUGGACGUGGACGGGCGGAUAGGAGAGCAACGACAAAUCAUCAUCGCCUGUGUCAUCGCCGGACUCGUUUUCCUCAUUCUCCUCAUUGUGUUCAUCUGCAUCUGUUCACAUCGUAGGUACAGACUGUGUAGGCAAAGGGGAAGGCGAAGGGAGGAGCCAAGAAAUGGGACAGAAAAGCUCAGCAUGAUCAACACCAGCACAUCACACGCAACCUCAAUACCAGACUCAACAGAAACACCGCACUCCAAUGACGUAUGAGUGAUGGCGAUGUGCUCCACUAUGGUUCCUCUGGGCAAGUUUCAGCGCGGCUGAAGAGGAGAGAACAUACUCCCGGGCUAAGUUGGUCUCUGGGUGCAUCAGAGCUCGUCCAAAACCAAGCUGUAGCAUAAGGGAUUCUGAGCCAUCCUCUUCUGAAAAGGUGGCUCUGUCUGAACCUGAAAAGCAAAGCAUCUCAGACAGAGAAAGUACCUCCCUGGAUUAAUGUUAAACACAUGGUGGCUGUUCAGUCUCCCAACCAGUUGCUUGCUGGAAAGAGUGCUUUAUUUUCACUUUAGAUGAAUGAUAGGCCUCUCUCGCCUAAUGCUCUUCACCCAGUGCUGCUGACUGCGUAGUACUAACAAAUGUCAUGACGAUGGAAAAAAAAAAAAGCUGUGAUGCCAGCUGACUGACUCCCUGCAGCCCAUGCUAAUGGUUGAUCAGAUUAUCAAUCACCCUGGGAUACACACGAGUUAAAAUAGCCUCGAGGGGAGAACCUCAGUGAAAAGUGAGAGGAAGGGCAGCAGAGAUUCUAAGACUGUAUGCAGAUACUUUACUCCAGGUUCUCUUUGCAGAACUCUUACUUGUAAAUAAUAAUAAUAAUGAUAAUAUAAUAAUAAUGAUAAUAAUAAUAUCUUACACUAUUUUAAUAUGCUCUAUUUAUUCUUGUGCCUUAUUGUUCCUACUUUAUAUGCCACCGGUUGUGCAAUCAGUUUCAUUUCGCAUAUGCAUGAUAUUGAUAUUUCACAAUAUGUAGUACAAAUACAACAAUUAACAAUCAUCACUUAUUGCUCUGUCCACAGCAGUGUGUCAGUUUAGACUCUCACAGAAUAUUGUUACUCAUCAACAUUUGCAAUGCAAGAAGAGCCGUGUAUAUACUAAGGUUGCUGUUCUGCGCUCCUGGGUUGGAGGAUGACCAACUCUGAGCAGGACAAGGUGAACUUGUGCUGGAGGCUUUUUGAUCUGUAUAUUUGGAGCCAUGCAGCCUCGAAGCUAUGGAGACAGAACAGCCGUGCCUGUGUGUGCAGACUCGGCUGAGGUGAAAGUGCUCCACUGUCCUAGAUACUUUCCAGACUGCCGGCCUUUCACUAGGUGUAAUGUGCAUCUGUAUGUGUAUUAAUGCCUCACUCUAAAAGGGGAAUGAAGAGAGUUAGGACAACGUCAGUGGAGUCAGCAAAGUUUUGUUCCUGCUGUGUAAAUGUCUGCUUUUUCAAUAAAAUAUCUAUAAAA